AUGUAUUCCUUUAUUUAUCUUCUUGCCAUAUUUGGCAUCUUUGGAUUAAAUUUUACUUAUUCAAAAACCUUUAAUUUUUUUCAACCCGACGAAACCCUGGGGAAGAUGGAAGUCCAUGAUCACCUCGGCCUUCGUGUUUAUUUCUUUGACCCUGUAAAGGACUCUGAUGUUGAUAAAGUUGUUGUUGGAGGACAGAAUAUAUGGGCAGCAAGGCCAGGGCAAAAGCUUUCCAAAUUGGUUGGAUUUUUCAAGUGUAUGGGUUUUGGGCUCUCUCACGUAUCCUACUACAACGAUGAGGGUCACAGUAAGGAGCUUCUUCUAAGAUAUUCACACAACUCAGAUUUCCUUGAGGUUGUUGAUAAGGAAAACUUUUACACCAAACUUUUAAGUUACGCCAACGCCGAAGAUAAGUACAACCCUGAAAUUCCAUCCCAUCCUGUUCUCGACGAACUUGAAAAUAUGCUCAAACCCAAAGAUAAGGAAGCCCCCAAGGAUACUGUUGAUGAAAAGCAUGAAGCUGAGGUGCCGGUUGAAGAGCAUGCUGAACUUUAA